AGGCCUACCGUCCAGAAACUUGCAGACGUCGUCGCGUCGCCAGGCUCGUCACCACGCUACGACUACGGUGCCGAUGAACGCGGCGUAGGGUCGUGCGUGCGUGCGCUACGUUCGCUGCACCGUCGGCGACGCCCGGAAUGGAUCUGAAAGUGGCCCGCUGAAACGGUGUCAAAGGGAGUUCCGCCCCUGAUCUUCUGCUGCCCGCCGUCAAACGGCCAGACGAUGUUGCUCCGAAGUCGCUGCAGCGGCGACAACUGCCGCUGCGAGGAGGCGCACGGGCACCAUCGAAGCAGCAAACGUCGAGUGUCACGAUCGCGCCAAACGGUCGACGUUGAUGACACAUCACAGCGGUCCCAAAGCAAUGGAAUCGUGAGCCACUUGAGCAGCGGGCUGAGCGCAUUCACGUUUUCGCCUCCAGCAUUCUCAACACCUCUCAGACGUGGAGCUUCACCGGGGACUGUUACCACAGGGAGCGGCACCGAUCUGUCUGCCAACGUGUCCCUGCUGCACUCGGCAAGCAGCAAGACAUUGACGACACAGUCUCCAGGAAUACUCAGGUCUUCGGAUGCCACUGAGCUACAGGCGAAGCAGGUGCGGUUUGGGGACAUCAUCCAGAACGGCAGUCCCCGUCAGAAGCUGUACAGCGACACUGACGAUUCGGAGUGUGAAAUCGUUAGCAGCUGGCGUUUUCUGCAAGGGGUUCCCAACGGCUUCUCUGAGGCAUCAGACUUGCUCAACCUCAAGCGAGGUCAAGAUUCAGUGAGGUCAGUCACGAGCAGCACCUCAUUCACCACCACAGUCACCUCUCUGACCGACAUGCCAGGGACAGAGUUGUACUCGGACAGUGAAGACGACGAGGAACUCACAAGGCAGCGCAUCCACAACACCACCACAAGGAGUCGCUGGCCGCGUCCACGUUCCGUGUACAUUGUCAAUGCCGGGGACGGCGGUGCGUCGCCCACGUUGCCCAGGGCUGACCAACUGCGGCAGCACAGGGAAGCAUGGCUGGCGACUGCGGCAGGAGACGAGGACGUCACCGUGGCAGCCACGCGAUACCAAGAGUCAAUGCUGGCACGCACUGUUCGCAGUCUGUUCUUCAAUUUCUGGAAGUAUGUGUACGUGAUGGCGACUGGUGUGAUAGUCACUGACCUCUGGCUGCUUUCAAGGAUGACCCCGGAGCGACGUAAACGCCUGGCCGUGUUGGUCUUUGCACUAGUGAUGCUGCCACUGUUGGCCUGGCUGCUGUACGAAGAGAGUGACAGAUCUUCCUUCCUGGCCUCGGUGCCGCCUAUGUUUGCAUCUGCAGGCAGCCACAUCUAUGAGGUGACAGCAGGAGCGUCAAAGGCUGUGGGCGCCACCAUGGCUUCAUUCAGUUUCCCACCAGCCUGGCUGUCGUGGGGUUCGACCAGUGGUCUGUCUCCUCCUCCACCUCCGGCAGUGCCGGUGGAGUUGAAGAAGCAGCCGGCGGAGCACGAGUUGCUGUCAGACGAGCGCAUUGAGGCCCACGUGGAGAAGGCGCUGAAACGCUUGGCGCUGCAGUUUCCCACUAGCCAUCGGGAAGACGAAGGGGCCACCGCCAGGAGUCGCGAAGAAGUGGAACGACUCAAGCUUCAACUGCAGGCGCACAGGAUCACGGUUGAGCGCCUUGUACACAGGUUAGAGGACCAAAAGGAUUGCUGCCAGGACGUGGCGGCACUGCUCGCCGGUCUCGACACCAAGAUCAUCGACAAGGUGCUCGAGGUGAUGAACGACACUUCAGCGGCGGCACCUAGUAGCCGGCUGCAGCGGUGGCUGACCGAAAAGAUGGACCGACGGGAGGGCAGCUUCGGAGCCGACCUGGAUGCCCGUCUUCGCACUCGCCUGGACGAGCAUCGCAGCAGCCUCCAGGCAGAGGUGGCAGCGGUCGCUCGCCAGGCUUCUGAAGCACGAGAGGCGGCACUGGAAGCACGCAAGGUGGCGCAAGAAGCGGUAGAAGAAGCUCAACGUGUGCCCCAGGUCGUCGCACCAUUGACCACUGGCACGGCUGAUGUGAACGAAGUCACUCGGGUAGUGAAAGACAUGUUGGCGAAGUACGACGCAGACAAGACUGGUCUGCCAGACUACGCCUUGGAGAGCGCCGGUGGGAGUGUGGUCAACACUCGCUGCACUGACACCUACAGCGAGCGAGCACCCAAGUACUACAUGUUUGGCCUGCCCCUCUGGACUUUCUCCCGCACAGCGAGGGAAGCCAUAAUGCCCGGCAUGCACCCCGGGGAGUGCUGGGCCUUCCGGGGCUCCCAGGGACACCUGGUGGUGAAGCUUGCCCAGCGCAUCAGGGUGACGGCCUUCAGCGUCGAGCACAUCCCCCGCUCACUGGUCAGCUCUGGCCACACCAGCAGUGCUCCGAAGGACUUCCAGAUGUGGGGUCUCGACUCUGAAACAGACUCGCCAGGUCGACUGCUGGGCAGCUAUGCGUAUGACGCAGAUGGCGACGCACUCCAGCACUUCAUCGUUCAGGAUCCCGAGGCAGCCGUGUACGAGUACGUGGAGAUGAAGAUACUGAGUAACCACGGCAACUUGGAGUACACGUGCCUGUACCGGGUGCGCAUCCACGGGGAACCGGUGUCGUGAGGUGCCGACACCGGCACCCAAGCCGCAGACGGCACCAAGCUUCACAUCCUUCGCCGACCGUGGUGCAGCGGUGCCUUCGAGAGUCUCUGUGCCGUUGUGUUCGUGGUGGUUGGCGGCGAUACUUUGCCUCUGACUAUUGUGCGCCACUCACCAGACGAUGCGUGCAGCGGUGCAUGACAUACUUAACGUAAAAACAAAAGCAUUGGCGUGAAGCUCCGUGUGCCAUGCAGCAGCAGUCGGUGCUCCCUUUCCUCACCAAGUGCCACGUUCGUGAAUGCACUUACCUUGCAGUCGACGGCGAGUGCCUCGGAGACUUGUGCCUUCACGCUCCUGGCGGCAGCAGACGACGAAGACCGUUGCAAGCUGCAAGCCCACUCUGCAGAUGUACACUGCGGUCUGGAACGCUGCCUGUCCCACAGUGUUUCUUCUGGAACCGUCGCGUAGCUGUAAGCUGUGCAUGGCAUUUAGAAUUGACAAGACGUGCUAGCACUGGCCCCAAAUUUCUGUAGAUCUGACUGCAUCGCGCAGCACAAGUUGCACUGCGCAGCUUGAUGUUUUGCAGCUUGUUUUGUGUGGUGGGUGCUUGACUACUUUACCGUAAGCGAGGCGAGGGUGUGAGCACUGUGGAGUCUCAUUGGGCAUUUAGCAGCUCUCGUCGAGUAUGGUGACACCGCUUUUGCACAAUUCCUCAGUGUUGCUAAGAAGUGACAAAUUUUCUUUCUUUCAGAAAUUUGUGUGUCCAUUUUUCUUUUUCUUCUACGUCUUCAUUUUUUAAAGCAAGUAUUUUUAAGUUCAAUCAUUUUUUAUGUUCAAGUGUUUUUAAGUUCGUAUUUAAGUUCAUUGCUGUGAACAGCCGAAGAUUUGUACAGAUGUUGGGCUAGGAGCCAGGUGUCAUGUGCCAUUUGCAACAGAAGGCGCACAAUACCGUUUUGAUGGAUGCAAGAGUCUUCGUACCGAUGGAAACCAGUGUGCCUGUUUUCUGGCCACUUCUGAGUGUGCAGUUGUGGGCAGGCUUUGGCGAACCCAAAAUGCAAAGCCUUUUUCCUUGUGUUUAGUUCAAGGCACAUGGGCUUCUAUUUUUUACUUUAUUUGUACUUCCGGUAUGACAUAAUUAUUGGGCUUAUUGGCAUCAACACUUUUUUCAACUGAAUAAGAACUCAGAGCUUGAAGACUUCUUUUCCAAAAUUAUACAUGGCACUGCCUGUUGUUCAUUACUCUCUACAUUGAAAUUUUUAUGCCGGUAAGUGAGCAGAGAGCUGCUGUGACAGUUAUUUCAGGCUACUCUUUCCAUAUGCGUUUGUUAUGGUUGUGCUUUAACUGAAAGAUGUCCUCUCGAUUUUUAAAGCAUAUGUUUGAAAGCGAUGCGAUAUCUUGUUUUCCUAAAAGCCAGCACGCGGCCAAACUAGGUUGUUGCUUAGGUGCACAAAGUUUGUCUACACUCACAAAGGUAACAUUUAAGAGUGCUUCUUGUGGCACGGAAUGCUUGAACAAGAAAUGUGGGCCUUUUGUUUGUGUGUUUGUUUGUAUGUUUGUUUGUGUCAUAACCUUUUGGAUGCAAGCUCUGAAACUGCCACAGCAGGUCACAGAACUGUUCACAUUAACAUGUGGUAUGUCAUUGAGCUGCCAGGAGGACAGCUGAAACGGCCCACUAAGAGUUUUUUUUUUUUUUCUGUUUGUGUUCUGAAACAAGCAGGCACGUUUUGCACAAAUCUUUGUAUAUAUGAACUUUUUCUAGCUGUUAUGGCAUUGUCAUUUCUUCUUGCCCGGUGAGCCUCAAUACCCAAUCGAAAAAUAUAUUAGCUUUGUCAAGCACCAAGCCUAACUUUGCUGCUAUGCCUAACUAGGAAUGUCAAGCCAAAUUUUGCUGCUUACACUCACUGCUUGAUCAUUUUAUGUGCAGCCUGCACUGAUUUGUUCAAGCAGCAGAAGUGGACAUGUCAGAUCCAUUGUAAGAAGUUUAGGUGGGUAGAAUGGUUACAGCAGAAGCAACACAGCAACCAUAGGGUAUAAUUAAAAUGCGGCAAGAUAUCCCGCCGAGCGUGAUGCUUUCAAAAAAGUGUCACCUCAGCAACACCUCAACAGUUUCCAAACUCUCAGAGCUUUGCCUGCAGCAUUUACAUGUUGCAGGUGCAUUGCAUCGGCUACUGUUAGCUGCUUAACCGCUGCGCAUGCUAAGGUAACUUCAUGACCUGCGCAACCACAUAGCAGGCAACAGAGAACAGUCACGCACAGUUUGGCCUUUGAGAUUGGGAGAACACUGAUCUCGGAGGCCAAGCUGCACGGGACGAAUCUCAUGGGAAUUCCACUGCCUGCAAGCAAGUGCUUGGGUCACACUAGAAUUUCACAGAUACGGACCUUCCUGAGAAGAACAUAUUGCUUCAGUGUGGGUUACCUGAAAAGUUGCACCUGUGACCCGCAGAAGCGUUGCUUGCACACUGCAGAAUUGGCUUAAUUUUUGUGCUUCAGCAACAGAACGAGAGGUGCAAUCCAUCGCCAAGCAGGUCUAUUCGAAACAAGCGCUGCAAAAUUGCGUACCUGCUCCAAAUUAACCCAAUGGAAAACAAGUUCUCGGCUGCAGGGCAAGGAAAGCCUUCUCCAAAUUGACCAGAUGAAAUAAUCUUUAGCUUGCCUUGUGGGGACAAAUGCGGCCAAGUAGAUCCAGCAGCAGGUACUGAAUCUCGGUGGCCGUUCCCGACAUGGCUUUCUAUCAUCUCCAAGGCGUGGGUGCGCACCGUGCAAGGGGCAGUGGAAAGGGUAUCAAGUUUUCAUGGGCCUCGUGUUUUUAAAUAUGUGCACUAAUUUGGUAGCAUUGGUACAUGAAGAGACAGCCCUAAUGUAAUGGGGAUCAAAGUGAAAAACCUUAGCUCCACGUUUUGAAAGCAGUGGAAUUGGUUACACUGAACAGGGCUGUUUUCAGUUUAGUGCAGCGGAUACUUGUUAGCAUUCCAGUUACUCAUGUCGAGCUAGCUUUUUUCGUAUUUGUGCUGGUCAGUUGAGUGGAAUUUUCGUACCUGUAAUUGGCCACACCAGUAGUAGUACCAACUGUGAAUAUCUUCUUUCUUUAAUUUAUUUAUUUAAAUAGCACAGUCAUGCGUAUGCUGCAGUGUUGUGCUCCCUAUUGAAGCUUCCAUACCAAAGUGCUGUAACUACGUCUAAAAAAUAGGGCUAGAAGCCCCAUUUUAAAGUGCCAUGAACUAGAAAAAUAAAAGUAAAAAAAAUCCUAUA